GUCAGUCUUUCUUCCAAAUAAUUUCACUAUUUUCUUCUUCUUCUUCUUCUAGUAUAAUUCCAUUCUCAAUACAUUAGUAUUAUUAUUUCUCCUCUCUUUCUCUCUCCUCAUUUUCGCUCUUUCUCUCUCCUCGCCGGAAUCUCACCGUUCUCCUCCCCCUCCACCCUCCCCGACACCUAAAACCCCCAAUUUCCAGGUUUGUUCCUUCUUAAUUUAUCACCCCCAAUUUCAUUUUCAAAUUUUGAUUGAUUUUAUACUUGGAUCUACAAGAAAGAGAAAAAAGAUUGAAACUUUAUCAGUUUCUUUAAUGGCGUCGACAGCAGCUAUUAAUACAUCUUCAUAUUCAUCCUAUUGGUGUUACAUAUGUAAUCGAUUUGUUAGGGUUUCAACAAAUCAAUUUUCUCUUUCUUCUGAUUCAAUCUCUUGCCCUGAUUGUCAUGGUGGUUUUCUUGAAGAAUUCGAUUCUGCUCCGACUUUAUUUCCACCACCACAACUCUCUUCUUCUCCUCUUUCUGACUCUACACGGCGUCGUUUUCCCGCCGGAGCUAUGUACAUGGUUGGAAACCCUACUAAUUCUAAUCCAAUUCCGAAUUCCAAUUCGUUCUCUUCUAGCCCUAGAUUUCGCCGUAGCCGAAGAAAUGGAGGUGAUCGUUCACCGUUUAAUCCAGUAAUCGUAUUGCGGACCCCAUCCGAACCUGAAAAUGGCGUUCACGGAGCAGGAGGGAGUUAUGAGCUGUAUUAUGAUGAUGGAGGAGGUUCGGGUUUGAGACCAUUACCCGCCAGUGUUUCCGAGUUUCUACUCGGGUCGGGUUUUGAUCGAUUAUUGGACCAAUUGGCGCAGAUUGAGAUAAAUGGUAUAGGUAGGAACGAACAGCCACCAGCGUCGAAAGCAGCUAUCGAAUCGAUGCCGACAAUUGCAAUAGUUGAUGAACAUGUUGAAUGUGAAGUGUAUUGUGCUGUUUGUAAAGAAGCAUUUGAAUUGGGCUCAGAAGCAAGAGAGAUGCCUUGUAAGCAUAUUUAUCAUCAUGAUUGUAUUUUACCUUGGUUGUCUUUAAGAAAUUCUUGCCCUGUAUGUAGGCAUGAGUUGCCUUCUGAUAAUAAUAAUAAUAAUUCCAGUGGUUCACCCGAAUUAAACCCGGUUGAUAAUAAUGGGCGUAGCAAUAAUAAUUAUAGUGUUAAUAAUGGAAAUGGUGGUGGUUUAGUUGAGGGUAAUGAGGAUGAAACAGUUGGGUUAACAAUUUGGAGACUACCAGGAGGUGGGUUUGCAGUUGGGAGAUUUUCUGGGGGGAGAAGAGGGGAAAGGGAAUUACCAGUUGUUUAUACAGAAAUGGAUGGUGGGUUUAAUCAAGGAGGUAUUCCAAGGAGGAUUUCGUGGGGUUCUAGAGGUUCAAGAUCAAGGGAAAUUGGAGGAAUUCGAAGGGCUGUGAGGAAUUUGCUCUCAUGUUUUGGUGGGAAUAGAAAUCACCAUCAAGCAUUGGAGGAUUCGACUAGUUCGAGUACUGAUUCGAGGGUUACGAGUCAAAGGAGUCGAGCAACAUCGUUCUUUAGCGCUUCUUCGAGAUCGAGAAGCAGGGGUUUCGAUAUGGGAAGUAGUAUAAGAAGAUGGUGAUGAUGGGUAAAGUGUCAAAUGUUUUGAAAUCGGAAUUUAGGAUUAUGGUGGUUGGUUUUGUAUAUAUGAAAAAUGAGAGUGAAAGGGAGGAAGUUGGGAGGUGGAUUAGAUGAAAAUUAUAUAGGAAAUGAGUAAAACAAUGAUUUAGAAGAGAAGAGGAGCAAGAAAGUAGAGCCCUUGGAGGAGUAAAGAUGCAAUAAGAAUGUGGAUUGCAUACUAGAUUAAGUGUAAUGGAGUGUAAUCCAAAAGUAUAAUCUUGUUUAUUUUUCACCAUUAUAAGGUAUCCUCUUUGAGAUUGUGUAUUUAGGUUCUUGUUAUUUGUCCAUUAAUCAUUGUUUUAUCUUGUAUCAAUUUUUUGUUUAGAAUGAAUCAAGCUAGUUCUUCAGUAGUA